AUGGCAUCUUCUUCAUACAAUAACUUUGAUGACACCAUUGAUGAAACCUUAAAUCAAGUUUGUGACCAAAUUUCCAAUCAAGUUUGGCAAUCUCUUCUCACUCCACCUGUUCAACAUCAACAACCACCCAAACCAAAGAAGAGGCGAACUUACAUUGAAAGAAAUCGUGAAGUCGGCCAUGCUCACUUGUGGAACGACUAUUUCAGUGAAGAUGCAACAUACCUUCCUAAAAUGUUCCGAAGCCGAUUUCGAAUGAACAAACCCUUAUUCAUGCGUAUCGUUGAGCUACUAGGAUCUGAAAUUCCAUUCUUUCAACAACGAAGAGAUGCUACAGGAAGGUUGGGGCUUUCAGCACUACAAAAGUGUACAACAACAAUUCGUAUGAUGGCAUAUGGUUUGGCAGCUGAUGCGGUUGACGAAUACCUCCGACUUUCUGAAACCACAGUGUUCUCAUGCUUGGAUCAUUUUGUUGACGCCAUCAUCAAUUGUUUUGGAGAUGAGUACUUACGAAGACCGACUCCAGAAGAUCUUCAACGUCUACUCGAUAUUGGAGAGUUCCGCAGAUUUUCGGGGAUGAUAGGAAGCAUCAAUUGUAUGCAUUGGGAGUGGAAGAACUGUCUUACCACAUGGAAAGGUCAAUAUACAUGUGGUUCUGGCAAGCCGACAAUCGUUUUAGAGGCUGUAGCAUCACAAGAUCUCUGGAUCUGGCAUGCUUUUUUCGGACCUCCAGAUGGUAUUUAUCCAAAAUGGUCUACUUUUAUCCAAUCUAUUCCACUACCGCAAACUCCAAAAUACUCUUUCUUUGCUACACAUCAAGAAGCUGCAUGUAAAGAUGUCGAGCGUGCUUUUGGAGUUUUGCACGCUCGAUUUGCCAUAGUGAAAAAUCCGGCUCUUCUUUGGGAUAAGAAUAAAAUUGGAAAUAUAAUGAUAGUGUGCAUCAUACUGCACAAUAUGAUCGUAGAAGACGAACGAGAUGGAUACACUCUGUUUGAUCCAUCCGAAUUCACACACAUGGAGUCCAACCGAACUUCAGAAGUGGACUUCACCGUACCAACAACGAGGCCUUCAUGUGUCUCCACUAUGAUGAACAUUCGUUUGAGUGUUCGUGAUCGAAAUAAACAUAAACAAUUACAAGAUGAUUUAGUUGAUAAUAUUUGUGCAAAAUUUGGAGAAUAUCAUUAA